GUACUUUUCACCUCUAGUUUUAGUACAAUUCAUUUACAAUUGGUUUUUUUCUUCUGGCAACACUGUUCACGUUCGAGCGUUUUUGUUUGGUCGUUAGAGAAACAUACCGAUAGGGAGACUCUUGUGUCCGGCAACACUGCUUCAUCCUGAUGGGAUUCUGGGAUUCACUCAUGUCAGUAUAGUGAACAAAUCUUUUUGGUGUUUCAUUACUUUUCUAGUAAUUAUUUUAUUGCAACUGAUUUCAAGUGAAAAAAAUCGAAAUGGACAGUCUGCUCGCACGUGUCGACCGUUUAUCAUUAUCAUUAGGGCAACGGAAAGAAUUCGUACCAAUCCAGGUAAACAAAAAUCCAUCAGUCAUAAGCGAUCUCGUAAGCGAUUUAUUCCGGAAAACUUCCAAGUACGCACGUUGGCGUGCUGUGGAUAUAGAUGAACCGUAUACCUUUGUCGAAUUAAAGUCAGGUUCAGUGGAUUAUACAAUUCUCGAGAAGAAGUUUCUUAGUGGCUUAAAAUAUCCAAAAAGACGAGUAGUCAGGAUUGUGGAGGUACGUAACCCCUUUCUUUAUCUCCAGUACGAACUGAAACUCACACAAAAAAAGAAACUUUAUGGGUACAUAUCAGAAAAACAACUCUAUCAUGGCACGAAAGAAUGUAACGUCGAUUCGAUUUGCGAAAAAAAUUUUGAUUGGAGGAAGAUUGGUGCAAAUGGUAUGCGUUCCAGCAAAUUUGGCAUGGGAGUGUCCUUUUCUCCAUCUUCACAAUAUGCUUCUGAUUACCCCAGACGGUGUUCAGAUUCCCCCCGAGCUAUGAUAGUAGCCAAGGUUAUGGAAGGUCAUCGAUGCAAUGGUGUGGAGUUCAUGGUGAUUCCCCCAUUACCAGCGGAUACUUCGGUGAAACCCGGCGAUGGAAAUGUGGUUGUCAAAUAUUUUGACAAUGAAUUUUAUCCGGAAUAUAUCAUUUAUUAUCGUUGAAUGAUAAGUGGACGAUGAAAUGUAUAGGGUGGUGUUUGAAGAGCCGUUAAUGUUAUUUCCUUCUCAGUAUUGAGUAGACCGUCUGUGAUGAUUUUUAAGUUUGAUUUUGAAUUUUAAGUUAUAUGUUGCUAUUAUCAGAACCAAUGAUAAAUUUUUUAAGUGUUGUUAUUGAAUAAGAAUAAGUAUGUAUAGGUACUUAUCUACCUGAAACUUUUCAUGUUCAAGUAGGUAUUAGAACAAAUUUGUUUUUCAUUUAUGCACACUGCACCAUAUCAUAAAGGAGGGUUCAUUUUGGUAUUGAUUUUUUUUAUAUUUCAUUUCAAGGAGAUAUUGUGUACCUACUUUGGUUUUUACUUCUGAUUUUCAGAAUUUAUUGCUUUCUUUAUGGAGCUCCUGUUGGUACAUACCUACCUCUGUAUUGUGUCUGUCUUUAUGUUUUGAAGUGUUGAAACAAAUGUUUAUGAAAUAUACCGUUUUUUUAUGAUUUUUGAAUAAAAAGAAAAUUUC